AUGUCUUACAUGGCACAUGAAGACCUUGAUUGGCAGUCGCACUUCGCCCAAUGUACAGCCAGCGGGGAUAUCCUGGACACAGAGGCUAGUGCUGUGCCUUUCACAGAUUCGUAUCUCAAUCCUCUUGAUUUCGACUAUGAUCUCGAUGCUCACCUGUACCGGGACACCCUCACAUCAGCCUCAUUCUUUCCUGACGGCGCUACACCUACCACGGCCUCUGCCUUUCCAUCCAACUAUGAAUCUCACACAAUUGGCGGUUCCAGUGGUUCAAUGCUGAACUGCCCUUCAAUCAAUUAUCUUUCGGACCCUUUCCCCACUCAGCCGCCUCCUACUCCACCCUUCGCAGUCCCAGAAUCAGGGCCCAUGCUAUGGCCAACCCCACCUCCAGCCGCAGCUACUUCCUGCUAUGCACAGCAACGCCCUUCAUGUAUUAUAACCGCAACCAAAUCACUCCGCUCACUUCAUGUCCCGAAAGCCAAUUGCCAAUCUCGCCAAAGUAGUGGCUGUCGUGACGAUAAUACUCCACAUGGUGCUGGCCAGCCACGCAUGUCUGGGUCAGUUCUGAAAUGCAACAAAGACGCUGGGAUGUCAGUCUGCCGCAUGCUCCAGUGCACUUGCUCUCUUCGUCCACAGAAUCAACUGAUUCUCGCAAUCAUCUGCUCCAAGUUGAUCGCGUGGUAUCGUGCAAUGAUCCAGGCAUGUUUUGUGGAUUGCCAUGGAGUCAAUGGGGUACCAGAAGACAUGUCAGAGAAAGUUAUUCAUCAGCCUGUUACAAUUGGAGAUCAUUCAGUCGACGAUCAGAGGUUGGGAUUGACCAUUCAGGCUCAGGUCACUCUACGUGAAUUGCAUCAUAUGCAGCGUCUGGUUGAGACCCUUUCGGCUCGGAUGCAGGAGACAGCAAACCCAAUUCCGAGCCCAGCCUCAGAAUUUGAGGCUGGAACUCGGUUUCUGUCAGCUAGUAUUCCCGCAGCUGCGCAUGAUCAAUUGGUGGCUAACCUGCUGAGGGAUGUUCAUGCAGCUAAGGCUGAUCUCCUUACUGCCUCUCAGCUGUAA